GUAUUUGUGUCAGGGUUGCCUGUUGUAUUUACCAGUGCUGUCUCUUGCAUUCCUUGUCAAUGGUGCAGAAGUUUUUGAAGUAUCAAAACCAUCUAAAAGGCUGCUGUUUUUUUAAAUAUUACCAGCAGCAGUCCAAAUACGCUGCAUACCUGUCACUUUUAUGCAUUAAAAAAUCAGAAAUACAAUUUACUGUAUAAGAAUAUGCAUAGCAAGCUGUGCAGCAAAAUUGUCUGCUGCCCCUAAAACUUCCACUAACAACUACAUCACCCAGAAUGCAAUGUCUUCAGUUACAAGGAAACUGUACACAAGAAAAACUAACCCAACAAACCUUAUCCAAUUUCUGGUUAGCCCUGUUGGCUUUGCAGCCAAUCACAGUAAGAAUAAGAACAAUUCGAAGCUACACAGGUCCAGCUACAAAUUCAACUGGAACCAUCCUCAGAGGCAAUCGCUAAAAAAAGGUGCCUAUAAUGUUAAACAAACAGUAAAGGUUUAAUCUGGCAGUUCAAAUAUAAAAUGUUUUUCAUUAUCCUGUAUUAUAGAUGACCUGUACUGUGUUGAGAUGGUUUUAUGCUGAUUCUGUUUAUUCCCUUCUAUAUAGUGUAGCAUUGUAGUUGAUAAUGAAGCAAGUAAGGUGGUCUUUGGAACCAAGAAAGGGAAGCCUCCAUACAGCCUUGGUGGGUGGUUUAACAGGCUGUAGUAAGCGCCUGUAAUAGACAAAACCAGUUCGUAGAAAAGGCUCACAAUACGAUGCAACAAUCUGAUUGCCUUUAAUGCUUUCUGUAGGGUUGACUACAUAGGAACUUCAGACUGGACAGGAUUUGGGGAGUUUAAUUGCAGAAAGAAAAAAAAUAAAUAAAAAAAUGUAUUUGUAGAACAUAUGGAUAAGUCAUGGCUGAUCUGGAACCCUGCACUGUGGGGAUGCAGCUUCAAGCAACUCAGAACUGCCACAAGACUUUCUACUGCCGCCAGACCGGCUGCAAAGCUCUGCGUGAGAUGUCACCCAGCAACGCAUUGCUGCUGCAGCUCAGGACUGGCAUUAUGAGCUUCACAGAGAGUGACAGAGUGUGUUUUUACCUCGAGAAGGUCUAUGUGGACCGCUAUGAGGACUUGCAGAAGGCCUGCUGCGAUCCUUUUAAUACUCACAAGAAAGCAAUAAAGAAAGGGCUGAAGCCUCUUGACCUGGAUGAAGCCACGUUUCUGAGCGAGAAGUUUGCAAGGCACUUGGUGCCGGACUAGAACUGUUUCAGGUGUUCACAGCUGCUGACUGGCUACUGCAACCUUGACCCUAAUGUAGAACAGAGAAAGACACACAAUAGUGAAGGACGGACCGCUAAGGCCUUGAAGUCACUUCAGUUUGCCAACCCAGGGCGCCAGACUGAGUUUGCUGCGGAGCCCGGUCGAAGAGAUAAGAGAAGACUGCAGCCCAACAAAACAGUAAUCAACGCAGACAGGCAGACAAUUGGUGUAAAGAGUAAAGUGUACGACAGCGCAGGCCUGCUGAUUUCAAGUGGCUUGGAUUUGUGUGACUGUCUGGAUGAAGACUGCCUGGGCUGCUUCUACCCCUGCCCUGAAUGUGGGUCCCGUAAGUGUGGCGUCGAGUGCCGCUGCGAUCGCAAAUGGCUGUACGAACAGGUGGAAAUCGAAGGCGGGGAGAUUAUCCGCAAUAAGCACGUGGGCUAGGUCUCGGGAGAUGGUUGUGCCGUACUGCACUCUGCAUUCUACUAUGGUAGAAUUAAGUUCGACUUCGAUAUAAUGUUCAUCCCAGUGUUUGUUUCUUUUGAAAGAAACAAAAUACAUAAAUGCUGUUAACUUUUUUUUCUGUUGUAGAAGACCGUGUU